GGGCGGAGCGGCGGCUGGGGCGGAGCGGCGGUCCGCAGAGCAGCCCCUCCCGGCCCGCCGCCGGUCCGGCCCGGCCCCGCCUGGCUCUAUGGACAGGAGCUCGCUGCUGCACCUCAUCCACGAGCAGCAGCUGGACCCCGAGAACACUGGCUUCAUUGGCGUGGACACCUUUGCUGGCCUGGUGCACAGCCAUGAGCUGCCUCUGGACCCCGCCAAGCUGGACAUGCUGGUGGCCCUGGCCCAGAGCAACGAGCGGGGCCAGGUCUGCUACCAGGAGCUGGUGGACCUGAUCGGCAGCAGGCGCUCCGGCAGCUUCAAGCGGGCCAUCGCCAACGGCCAGCGGGCGCUGCCCAGGGACGGGCUGCUGGACGAGCCCGGCCUGGGCUUCUACAAGCGCUUCGUGCGGUACGUGGCCUACGAGAUCCUGCCCUGCGAGGUGGACCGCCGCUGGUACUUCUCCAGGCACCGCAGCUGCCCGCCCCCGGUGUUCAUGGCCUCCGUCACCCUGGCGCAGAUCGUGGUGUUCCUGUGCUACGGGGCGCGGCUCAACAAGUGGGUGCUGCAGACCUACCACCCCGAGUACAUGAAGAGCCCCCUCGUGUACCACCCGGGGCACCGGGCCCGCGCCUGGUGCUUCCUCACCUACAUGUUCAUGCACGUGGGGCUGGAGCAGCUGGGGUUCAACGCCCUGCUGCAGCUGAUGAUCGGGGUGCCCCUGGAGAUGGUGCACGGCGCGCUGCGCAUCAGCCUCCUGUACCUGGCGGGCGUGCUGGCAGGUGAGGCGCCGCGCCCCGGCCCGCCCCGCGCCGCCCGCCGGGCCUCACCCCUGCCCUCCUGGCCCGCAGGCUCCCUGACCGUGUCCAUCACCGACAUGCGGGCCCCCGUGGUGGGGGGCUCCGGCGGGGUCUACGCCCUGUGCUCGGCGCACCUGGCCAACGUCGUCAUGAACUGGGCUGGGAUGCGGUGUCCCUACAAGCUGCUGCGGAUGGUGCUGGCCCUGGUGUGCAUGAGCUCGGAGGUGGGCCGCGCCGUGUGGCUGCGCUUCUCGCCGCCGCUGCCCGCCUCGGGCCCGCAGCCCAGCUUCAUGGCGCACCUGGCGGGCGCCGUGGUGGGCGUGAGCAUGGGCCUCACCAUCCUACGCAGCUACGAGGAGCGCCUGCGGGACCAGUGCGGCUGGUGGGUGGUCCUGCUGGCCUACGGCACCUUCCUGCUCUUCGCCGUCUUCUGGAACGUCUUUGCCUACGACCUGCUGGGCGCCCACGUCCCCCCGCCGCCCUGACCGCCUCCUGGGCGCAGGGGAGGCCCUGCCCCCGCCCCGCCCCCGGGUCCGCGGUCCGCGCCUUUUGCAGAGUGAAUAAAUAUUUUACACGGCA